CUCUCUCAAAAAUAAAUAAGCAUUAAAAUUUUUUUAAUUAAAAAAAAGAUUCACCUCGAAACCAUACCAGUAAUAUGUCAAUCUUAAAUUUAAAAAAAAGUUCCCUUCAUGUUUAAUGAGUAUAGAGGUUCAGUUUUGCAAGAUGAGAAGAGUUCUGGAAAUUGGUUGCGCAACAAUGUGAAUUCUGAGGCUCACCUUUAACCCUUAGCUAAGCUCCUAUGCCACUUCAUACCUUCAUUCACAGAAAGGGAAGAUGGAAGAGCUGAGUCAAGCCCUGGCCAGUAGCUUUUCUGUGUCUCAAGAUCUGAACAGCACAGCUGCCCCACACCCCCGCCUGUCCCAGUACAAGUCCAAGUACAGUUCCUUGGAGCAGAGUGAGCGGCGCCGCCGACUAUUGGAACUGCAGAAAUCCAAGCGGCUGGAUUACGUGAACCAUGCCAGACGACUGGCUGAAGAUGACUGGACAGGGAUGGAGAGUGAGGAAGAAGAUGAUAAAAAAGAUGAUGAAGAGAUGGACGUUGACACUGGCAAGAAGUUACCAAAACGCUAUGCUAAUCAAUUGAUGCUGUCUGAGUGGUUGAUUGACGUCCCUUCAGAUCUGGGGCAGGAAUGGAUUGUGGUCGUGUGCCCUGUUGGAAAAAGAGCCCUGAUCGUGGCCUCCAGGGGCUUUACCAGUGCCUACACCAAGAGUGGUUACCGUGUCAACAGGUUUUCUUCCCUGCUGCCGGGAGGCAACAGGCAAAACUCAGCGACAGCAAAAGACUACACCAUUCUGGACUGCAUUUACAGCGAGGUGAACCAGACCUACUAUGUUCUGGAUGUGAUGUGCUGGCGGGGACACCCUUUUUAUGACUGCCAGACUGAUUUCCGGUUCUACUGGAUGCAUUCAAAGUUACCAGAAGAAGAAGGACUGGGAGAGAAAACCAAGCUCAAUCCCUUUAAAUUUGUAGGACUAAAGAAUUUCCCUUGUACCCCUGAGAGCCUGUGUCAGGUGCUGUCAAUGGAUUUCCCUUUUGAGGUAGAUGGACUUCUCUUCUACCACAAGCAGACCCACUACAGCCCUGGAAGCACUCCUCUUGUGGGCUGGCUGCGCCCCUACAUGGUGUCAGAUGUUCUUGGAGUAGCCGUGCCAGCUGGCCCACUGACCACCAAGCCAGAAUAUGCUGGGCAGCAGCUCCAGCAGAUUAUUGAGCACAAGAGGAGCCAGGAAGGCAUGAAGGAGAAAGUCACACACAAGGCAUCUGAGAGUGGACACUAUGAGUUGGAACACCUGUCUACCCCCAAGCUGAAGAGCCCUCCCCAUGGCCUUGACCCCCCAGGGAGCCUCAUGGAAAACUAAACAGGGUGGCUCCUUGGGGAGUCACAGGAUGGGGCUUGGUCCCAGAAGGAAGGCUGGGGAGGAGGACAAUGACAACAAACAGGUGACUUCAUUUUAGAGUGGACUUUCCAAAGCCACUCCAGCUGGAAACAGCUUAUCUCCUAUCUGAAAUGCUGGCUCAGACAGUUGAGGGCGGUUUCCAGAUUGGAUGGAUUUGGGAUUUGAGAAGUAACUCCUGUGAAAAGUGUAUCCCAGAUAUCUACAAUGUAAAUAUAUGUAAUUCUUAAGAAAGAA